AGCAGCCCGUCCCACUACAUCCUUGCCCCGAGCAGUCUCAUAAAUCCCCACACCGUCGACGAUACCCCUUAUCCUCGCAAUCCCGCUCAUCCCAAAACAUGGCCCCCACAGCAAUCUACGACGCCCCCGUAGUCCCGCAGGGCCAGCCCGUCGUCGCAGCAGUGCCCAUCAAGGGGCCUGCGCUCGCCAUCGGUUCUCCAGCGACGGCCGAAGACGGGAGAUACCAGUCACUCAUCACGAGCUUGCAGGAGACACGGCAGGUUGAGAAGUACAUGGUAGACAGGCUCGUAGAUGGAGCCACGACCCUGACGCCCUCGACCUUCGCCUCCGUCCAUGUCGCGCUCUCACCACCAGAGUACGAAGCCCUCGCACCGCGUCUGUCCACGCUCCUCGCGCAGCUGCUUACAGGGCUUGAGCCCCUGGGAACGCUGCACAUCCUCCACCUCGGCGACAAGCUUCCCUCUCUCCCAUCCGAACUCACGCUCUCCGGCUUCAAGAUCCUCGCACCCCUCGCUGAGGGCACCCUCGUUGCACAAAAGCCCGCGCACACAGCCGCAGCUCCCCUGAAAUCAGCACCGGCAGCCGCGCUUCCGCUCCGCCGGAAGGCCGCCGAUCCGGAGCGCAAGGCCUCGAAGAAGGCAUUGUGGACGCUGAACGCACCCUCGACGCCGACCAUCGACGCCGAGAGCCUGUUGACCGCCGAGGACCGCGAGCGGCCGGAGGUGUGCCCGCCUGUGACGGCGGGUGCUCCGCGCAGGAAGAAGGCGUGCAAGAACUGCACGUGCGGACUCGCGGAGCUCGAGGCGGAUGAGCUUCAGAAGAGCAAGGUCGUGCUGCUGGACGGCGCGGAGAGUGGACAGACGAUAGAGGUGGCGCAGAGUGAGAAGGAGAGGCUGAUCGCUGCUGCUGCGGCCGCCCCGAAGGCGACGAGCAGCUGUGGUAGCUGCUACCUGGGCGAUGCCUUCCGGUGUUCGGGGUGCCCUUACAGAGGUCUGCCUGCAUUCAAGCCUGGAGAGAAAGUUGAGAUUGACCUCGGAAUGGAUGACAUUUAGAGUGCUGACGGACUGUACAUCAUGUUUUACUGGCACCUAUGUAUCCUUUAAUAUAGAUUUUUCCUAAUCCUUGACGGAUGAUUAUGCUCUCA